UGCGAUUUAAGGGCAGGACAGAGCCACCGGCCGGGCAGCGAAUCAAGAGUUAAGUGGAGAUUGACUCGGAAAGGGCGCCACCCUCUUUGACGGUAGAGUAAGUAGCCUGUGAGUCAGUUUCACCUGAAACUCUACAGGUGAGGAAAGGAAGCAAAACGAAGUGGGGGAAAAAAAGGAAAAGGAACCGGAGCCAAGAUCCGGAAAGAAGAGGGCCCAAGGCUCAGAGCGAGAGAGCCGCCCCGCUACAUCGUAGGGGCUACCCUGAGAGCUUCGGGGUUGAGGCGGCGGGAUUCCCAGCCUCCGACCGUCUGCAAACAGGGGCGAGGGGUGCCUGCCGGACGUGUGUGUGGGGGGCAAGAGAGCCUUGAGGGCGGCGAUCUCGCCCCGAAGAAGAGGAACUUGGGGGAAGAGAGUCCUUUCUCUCAGAAGCGCCCGAGUGCCACGCGGGGACCCCACUGGAUAAAAGGACCGUCGGAAGGGAGGGAGGUGAAGGCUCCUGAGCGUCCGGAGCCUUUUCUCACCUCUCUGCUCGGCGGUCGUGGGCGAGUCUGCCCCCACCCCGCAAGCCUUUGGAAAAGCCCCCGGCCCGGGGAACUGCGCCAUUUGGCUCGUUUGGGCUGAGAUGGGCCGAAGUAGGAGCCGGCUUCAGGCCGGACUUUUGGUGACUUGGUUUUUUUUAGCCGGCCUGGUUCUUGGUCAGGAACAAAAUGGGGAAGGAGCCUCGUUUGGAGAAACGUGUCUUGCCCAGUUUACGGCCGGGUUUCCGGAGUUUGUGCUGGACACGAAUGCCUCGGUGGAGAACGGCGCCACUUUCCUGGCUUCGCCGCCGGUGGAAAGCAACCGCGAUUGCGUCCUUGCCUGUUGCAAGAACCCCGAUUGCAACUUGGCCCUGGUGGAGCAGAGCCCCGGGGAGGAGGACCCCGACGGCAUUCAGAGCUGUUUCCUUCUCAACUGCCUUUACGACCAGGCCCUGGUCUGCAGGUUUGCCAAGAAGGACGGCUUCCUGAACUAUGUCAGACGGGAGGUUUACAACGCUUACGCGACCAUGCGAAACCUAGGCAACCGCGAUGAUCUGCCACCUAAAGCGAGAGCCUGGAAGGAUGUGAAGGUCCAGCCCAAAGAUGAACCAGUGAUUUUGAAUGGCUCAGAAAGUACUGAUGAUAAUGGAAUUGUGAAUUAUGAAUGGACACUUCUUUCUGGUGAUUCCUCAGUGGUAAUGGAGAAACAGAACGAUAUUAUGAAGCUUUCAAAUCUGAAUGAAGGGAUUUACAUCUUCCAAUUCACUGUAACAGAUACUGCAGAUCAGCAGCACUCCAUCAACAUCACUGUCACUGUACUUAAUUCUGAACACACUGUAGAUCAUUGCUUGGCUCCUUAUAAAGUGGGACGUUGUCGAGGCUCCUUCCAUCGCUGGUACUACAAUCCGGAAAUAGAGCAGUGUCAGGAGUUCAUUUUUGGUGGCUGCAAUCCCAACAAGAACAAUUAUGUAAGAAAAGAGGAAUGUGAUCUUGCCUGCAAGAAUGUUCAAGGUGCUGUAGAAAAACGUCAAGAACCAACAUGCAAUGGAAACUGCCUACCUCUCCAUUUCAAAUGUGAAGAUGGCUGCUGCAUUGAUAAAACUCUGGAAUGCGAUGAAACUCCAGAUUGCCAAGAUGGGUCAGAUGAGAAAUCUUGUGAUUCAUAUAUUCAAGGAUUCGAUAAGUUACAGAAAAUCAAUAUUAGUGCCAAAGGUUAUUGUGUGGAUAUGCCUGAUACUGGACCUUGUGAAGAAAGUAUACCUCGCUGGUACUACAACCCUUUGACUGAGAUGUGUGGUCGCUUCACCUAUGGAGGCUGUGAAGGCAACAAAAAUAAUUUCGAGCAGGAAGAAACAUGUAUGAAAUCAUGUAGAGGCAUCACAAAGCAACAUAUGAUUGAUCAGAGGUGGAGAGGAUAUGACUAUCAACAUGCUAGUUUAAGUGCUUUUGAAGUGGCCGUUGCUGUGCUCCUCUGUGUCUGCAUCAUGAUAGUGUUGGUAGUCCUUGGCUACUUCUUCCUCAAGAACCGAAAAAAGUACCGAAGACGUCGUCAGCCCCCUACUGCGGCUAAUUCCACACUUUCUUCUGUCUUAUCGACUGCUGAAGACACAGAACACCUGGUGUACAACAGCACCACAAAGCCCAUCUGAUUCUGUAGAGUUAUCCUCCGUUUCUGGGAAGGACAGUCUUACCAACUGCUCAUAAUGCUUGUUAUGGGGUGGGGAGAGUGGUGAGGGGAUCUACUGAAGGAUUUUUCCUUCCUUUUUUCAAAGUUUCCUUAGACUAUCCACUAGCUGCUUACAAGCUCUACCUGUCCUGAUCCUGUGAUAGUUUCUAAGAGUGAGCAGAAAAUUAGCCCGCUCUGACAAUACAUGGAUGGCGUUUUGAGUUCCAUGUUUCCCCAAGUUCUAUAAUGAAGGUUAUUUUAAGUUUAAGGACUUACUAUAUCUAUUGAAGGAAACUUAGUUUAAUCUGGUGAAUGCGAUUAUUCUUCUCACAAAACUCAAUGAAUGUAUGUGUGUGUGUUUGUGUGUGUGAGAGAGAGAAAACACAUUUCUUACUCCUAUUCCUUUCUGUUUAAAACCUAUGCUGCCUUAAAGCCACCCUCCGUGUGUUUUAACUGGUACAAAAAGUGAUACAGUUUUUAAACUUGUAUUUUGAUGGAAUACUUUGAUGGACUAAUUAAGUGAAAGUGGUGUCCUUUUCACAAAUCUAUUAAUGUCUGUACUAAGGCCUGUGCUCCUCUUAUAUAUGCCAAGUAUCUAGAUUAUUGCUGAAUGGAAAACAGACAACAUUGUGAUUUGAUCUGAAUGCAUAUAAAAGAAAACAGAAAUGAGGUCAUGGCCGAAAAUCUGGCCCUGCCUUUCUUUUCUGGAUUUCCCUUCUGUUCUUACCUUCUAGUUAUCAUUUCUAGUUUAAUCUUACUGUUUUGAGUUCUUCUUCCAUAUCUAUUUAUUUUUACAACCAAAUUGUGACAGAAAAGAAGACAUUCCUCAUUUUCUAAUUUGUCUUCAACUAUACAAUCUCAUUAAGUAGUUAAAUAAUGUACUUACAUAGGGGCAGUUUCAAAAUUGACUUUUCUUCAGAGCUAAUUUUCACAAGAUCCUUGGACAAAAGGAGAGUCAUGAAAGCUGACAGACUCUGCUUCUUGCACAGCUAUGCUUAAAUAUAGAGAAAGUAGCAGGUGUUGCCCAGAUAUAGAAUACAGGUUUGUCCCAAUUUUCCACAAAUAUGUUACAUGAAAUAUGUAGGUUGAUGCCUGUGAUGUUUUUUUCAUUUACCUUCCUGUUUGUUUGAGGUGAGGUAUUUUAAUCCCAUUCCUCUUCCCACUUUGACCUACACCCCAGUUUGGAAAUUGAUGUCUUACAUUUUUUGGCACCUGAUAAUUUACAGUUAUGCCUGAGUACUGGUUCAUUUUAUGGGUAGAGAUGCUUGGAAUAAAUUCUCCCAUCUCUUUUCAAAAAUGUAGUUCAAAAAAUAGUUGAUCAGGCUAUACCUCUUGAUUUCUGAUCAUUUGAAGAUGCAUAGAAAACUCCUCUGAACUUAUGUAUGGAAGGGGGGCUCUUUCGAUAAGGGCUUAUCCUUUGGGGUCACUAUGGGGUUCACUCCCAUCAUCCGUCAAGCUUACAUGUGACUUGAAACGUUCCUGAGAGCACUGAAUCUUCCGAGGAGCUAACGGGAAAUAUUUCACAGUGGUGGAAUAUAUGAAAGAUUGACCUGUAGUUGGCUUGUAUUACAGUGGAUUGUCCAGCUCUUGCCUGACCUUCUUGAGAAUCCAAUAGCAAAGCUGAAUAUUACUUUUAAAUCCAAAUCUUGCUUUUGAAUUUGAACCAUCUUUUGCUCUGUUUAUUUAGCACGGGUGGUUAGCGUGUGAAAUCCACUCUGUUUGACAUUGUACAUAAUUUUGGACACACUCUAUGAUACAAAUGAGAGAUGAUGUUUUGUUUAUUCUUUUUUUAGUAGAUGUUAUGAGAUUUUGUUUUAUUGAUGUACUGUAUAUAAGGAUUCUUUCUUGGAUGUAAACCUCUACUGGCUAAACUGAAGAGUCAUCAGCAAAGUGAACAGGAGAAAUGAUUAUUAGGGAAUUAUCUGAAGGAAAGACAGCUGUUUAUUGCUCCAAGGGCCAAAUCACCUCAAGUAUGGAACUGGCUGAGCAUCUAUGAGAAAUUGCAAAAUGGGGUGGGAAAGAAAAUGAUAGACCUGGUCAUUGUGCCUUACAGAGAAGAGACGAGAGAUUACUCAUAGUGCUUUGCAGUUGGCUUGAUUAUUCCAUGUUGCUACAGCUGUCAACUCUUACCUUUUCCCUCUCUUUCUGUACCUCUUCACUGCUUUCUGAGCCCUCAAAUUCUGAAUCUCCUUUCUGACAGUGAAAUUUUUAAUAAAAUAUUUUCUUUACAA